AUGAAUUUACUAUUAGAUCCCACUUGUAAGCAUUGUCGUCAGUGCAACAAAUGUAUAUCUGGAUUUGAUCAUCACUGCAACUGGCUCAACAAUUGCAUUGGGGCGAUAAAUUACAGGUUAUUUUUAUUAUUAAUACUGUCGGUGUGUUUUAUAUCAGCUCUCAUAUCAACGUCUCUGAUUAUAGUUGCAGCGAUAUCGUUUAUUAACAUUGGGUUACUUCCAAAUACAGAUCAGUUACCAAUAAAUUUGAUGUUAUGGCAAGGUCUGUGCUUCGCUGCAAGUGCCUUAUAUGCUAUUGUGGCUGUUAUAUGCGCACAUUUGCUCUAUUUCCAUUACAAAUUAUGUCAGUUAAUGAAAAAUAGCUUUUCAGGAUUGCUUGUACAGUAUGACCGUGCAAAUAUAGGGCAACGUGGCAUAACAACAUACCAUUUCAUACGAACUAAUAGAAGAUGCAAGAAUAAUCAGCAGCAGGAGAAGAGCCUAUCAAUGAAUGUUAACGCAUUACCUGAUUUAACUCCUCCAGAAAAAACCUAUUCCAAACUGAACUGGGAAGUAAUGGUCGGAUUAGGAGAGACAGAACAAUAUGAAAAGGUAAUGGUGGAUGUUCUGAAAGAUGUAUUGCAACAAACAGUAAGGUAA